CAAAAAUUCACCAUCUACAAACUCCCAUUCUCCCAAAACUUUAUCUUUAACACUCACUGAUUUGCAAUUUCGACACCCAUCUUUCGUAAUCAUUCGUAUAAGCAUAUAAAAGGGUCGUAAUUUAGAGUCUAAAUGUUGUGGAUAAGGCCGUAAUCAUAUCAUUCAUAUCAACAUAUAAAGUAAAUCUUGAUUUGCACUGUAAAGUCCUCUUUGCGGCGGUGCCUGCUUUUUCUCUCAGGGUCUGUGUUAAUCUAUUGGAAUCUGAUGGUUUCUUGAUUUGGGAGAAAGAUCGCAUUUUUAUUUGGGCGUUUAUGUUUAGAUAUAUGAUGUUGCACAGUUCGUUCAGUUCUUGGAUCAGCCAUUUCCUUGCUUGCAUGGGCACAGAAGUUGUAUUGGUUGCUGUGAUAAAUCUCAACCGAUCACUGCUGUGGACGAACCAUCAAAAGGACUAAGAAUACAAGGCCAGCUGGUGAAGAAACAAAGCAUGUCAGACGACUUCUGGAGCACCAGCACGUGUGAUUUGUUGGAGAACAGCACGCUUCAGUCUCAGAGAAGCUAUUCAUCAAUCAGCGUCUCAAAUCAAAGUGUCAGUUGCAGUGGCAGUGCUAGCAACCCUCCAGAGUUUAUAAAUCAUGGUCUGCUGCUAUGGAACCAAAGCCGGGCUCAAUGGGUCGGAACUAAGAAGUCCCAAACCCCUAAAAAAAAUCGAGAACCUGUAUUAAGUUGGAAUGCAAGUUAUGAGAACCUGCUGGGGACAAGCAAGCGGUUCCCACAGCCCGUUCCUCUCUCUGAAAUGGUUGAUUUUCUGGUGGAUAUAUGGGACCAAGAGGGGUUGUAUGAUUGAUAGAUUCAGAAACUGUUUUAUCUUCUGAUCACUGAUAUACUGUUUAAGUUUGAGCUUUUAAAGAAAUGGGAUUAUUUGAUGUAUAGUUUGCAAAGGGUUAGAGAUUGAUAAUUGUGCAAAUUCUGGUGAAAUAUUUUAAAUAACAUGAAUAUAUUUGUGUUAUCUUUUGUUCAA